UCCCCGAGCGAGCGCCGGGCUGGCCAUGCCGGGGCUCCGGCGCGACCGGCUGCUCAUCCUGCUGCUGCUCGGAGCGCUGCUGAGCGCCGAUCUCUACUUCCACCUCUGGCCCCAAGUGCGCCGCCGCCUGGCCCGCGCCGGAGCGCACGGGCCGGGCUGCUUUUGCCCCGCCGAAGAAGCCGCCGCCGAGCCCCCCAGCGCCGAGACCUCGACGCGGCUGCCGAAGCAGCGCAGCACCCAGGCCGCCGGCUCCAAGCUGCGGAGGCUCUUCGCGCACCCGCUCUACAGCGCCCACGAGGGGCCGGCCGAGAAGCUGCUCAGCGGGCAGGAGGCGCUGCGCUACUACCGCCGCAAAGUGGCCCGCUGGAACAGGAGACACAAGAUUUACAGAGAGGAGCGCAACCUCACCUCGGACUCAAUGAUGCAGCUCAGGCAGGAGGCAAGCUGGCUCCAAUUCCACCUAGGAAUCAAUCGCUAUGCCUUGUACCCGCGGUCUAGCCCUCCUAUUGACCAGCUCCUCCAGGACACGCAAAACUUCGGAACCGUCAGCGCUGAUUACAGCCAGGACGAGAAAGCAUUGCUGGGUGCCUGUGACUGCACACAAAUUGUCAAGCCCAGUGGGGUGCACCUGAAACUUGUCCUGCGGUUCCAGGACUUUGGCAAAGCUAUGUUCAAACCUAUGAGACAGAAACGAGAUGAGGAGACUCCAGAAGACUUUUUCUACUUUGUGGACUUUCAAAGGCACAAUGCAGAAAUAGCUGCCUUCCACCUCGACAGAAUCCUGGAUUUCCGCCGCGUCCCUCCGGUGGUUGGGAGAAUGAUUAACGUCACAAAGGAAAUCUUAGAGGUCACCAAAAAUGAAAUCCUGCAAAGUGUCUUUUUUGUUUCGCCAGCCAGCAACGUCUGUUUCUUUGCCAAAUGCCCUUAUAUGUGCAAGACAGAAUAUGCUGUGUGUGGGAAUCCUCACCUGCUGGAAGGAUCUCUCUCUGUUUUCCUACCAUCCCUCAACCUUGCACCAAGAAUCUCCAUCCCAAACCCAUGGAUACGAUCCUACACCUUUGCUGGAAAAGAGGAGUGGGAAGUGAAUCCACUCUACUGCAACACAGUGAAGGAGAUUUAUCCUUACAGCAGCGGCAGUCGGCUACUCAAUAUCAUCGACAUGGCAAUAUUUGACUUCUUAAUAGGCAACAUGGACCGUCAUCAUUACGAGAUGUUCACGAAGUUUGGAGAUGAUGGCUUUUUGCUCCAUUUGGACAAUGCAAGAGGUUUUGGGAAGCAUUCCCAUGAUGAGAUCUCCAUCCUGGCUCCGCUUGAACAGUGUUGCAUAAUAAAAAAAACUACGUUAUUACGGCUACAGCUCUUGGCGCAACCAGCCUACAAACUCAGUGACAUCAUGCGGGAAUCCUUGCUUGAGGACCACCUAGCACCUGUACUUACAGAACCCCACCUUUUGGCACUGGACAGGAGGCUACAGAUCACCCUGAAGGCGGUGGAGGAAUGCAUAGAGGCUAAUGGAGAAGACAAUGUUGUGGUUGACGCUAAGCCCCUGGAAACAGCUGCCUUUGACAGAAUGACACAGCCGAGCUAGAGACCAUGGGGAUAAACCAGAACCUGAGCUUUUUAAUUGGUGGCUGUUUGCCCCUACCCCUGGACAACUGUGAUUGACAAGAGGGAUGGUCUCUUGUCAUACCGAAAUCUAAACAUGCUGCUGGGCAGGUGAUAAAGACUGCACCACGGGUCUGAGUCUCCUUUGCAUAUGCAUAGAAAUCUUAUCCCAUUGUCACCAGUGACCUUUGUGCAUCUUCUCCAGGAGACCUGAAUAAAUGGGGCACUCUGUAGCUGCAAACCAGACAUAUUUUGGGUGAUGGUGUGGUUUCACAGGAUCUGCCCAUGCCCUUGUUA